AUGCUCCGAGAGCAGAAAAACAUUGCCUCUUCCAGUAAAAUGACUAACAGCGAUGUCCUUUUAACAAGGACGCGGGCACACAUCCGGCGGGCAACACAGAAACUCCGUCGAACUAUGAUAACAGCAGCCGAUUGGCCACCUCCUACCGUUGUUUUUAACACAGAGUUGUCCUCAGAUGAAAGACACUACAUUUCAACAAAAACCAUUCAAAAAAACCAACCAGAAAAUACCGGCUACGAUGAGCCACAUCGUAAUAGCUCUAGGUUGCUGUACUGCUGUUUUCAACUUCGACGUCGGAAUCGCUCUCCUGAAGGUGGGGACAUUAAAAACAGCAGAUUAUCACAAAUUCUGCUGGAUACGUACAAGAGAUCUGACCAUCUGACGGCUGGGACCCACAGUAAAAAGAAUUCAGUUUCUGUUAAAAAUCUGGUACUUCGAACGGCGCCUGACGGUUGCCUAAUAUGUUCUGACAAUGUGGACGUAGAGAUGCUGAUUGCGGGCUUCCGGGAGUUCGAGAGACGACUUCAGUACGGAGCCCUUAUGCCCUUUGCCAAUGUCCUUCCCAGCUUCACUCCAAUUCGGCCCGAGCUGAUCCAGGAAAAGGACACCGAGGAGGUGAGCUCUACGCUGAAACCGAUGAAGGGAAAUUUUUGCGGUGAAAUCAGAGAAGUCGACGAAAAAGAAGCGUGUGAAGAAUCAUCUGGUGCCCUUUGUUAA